ACCAAGGGCUGAGUGCUUAUACUCUAAACUCACCAAGCAGAUCACUUUCAACUCACACCUUCAUCACUCUCGCGCAGACGAAACCAAGAACAAGCACUUCCCAACAGCGUCAUCACUCACAACAGUAGGGCUAUGUCGUCAACACAGGAUUACCUCAAAAAGUACAUGUCCAAACCAGCAUCCCUGGAGGAUCACAAGAAACGAAAGAUAAAGAAGAAAAAGGCAACGACCACUAAGACCACGAUCAAGAAGGGCAACUUUGCGAUCCACGACGAAGACGAAGUCUCAUGGAACAACGUUGCAUCCGAAUCCGACGAUGACAUGCCUAUCGUCGAGCAACCCACAGCACCAAAGUAUAAGUCCAGUUCGAGCAGCUGGGAGAAGAUUCGCGAAGGCGAGCCGGAGCCGUCCCGUGAAGCAGUGCUCAAACGAAACGUCGUGCCUGAGUGGGAUGAUGUCGAAAACGAAGACGAGCGGCCAGCGAUCGCCGGCGUUGUUGUGGAAACAGUAUCGUCGGAACGUCCGAAAAAACCUGCCAAGAAGACCUGGAAGGAACCAACAAAGACUAGCAACGCGCGGGAACUUUCGCCAGAUGGAUCUCCAUACAAUGGCAGGAGGAGAUCGUCAUCGCCAUUACGGGGACGAUCGCCGGAAGCGCAAAGAGGAUUAAGACAGUACUCCCGAUCACUCUCAAGAUCGAGAUCACCCGUUCAGCACAAGAGACAGCGUUCGCGAUCACGCUCAUUGUCACCAUAUUCCAGGAGAUCGGAUUCAAGUCCACGACGCAGAUCAAGAUCGCGGUCUCUUGAGCGCAUGAGUUCAGGAGCUGCAGUGGGGCUGCAAACAGCAGCAAGCGUCAAGCGGGACAUGGAUAAGAGACAAAAGAACCAUAUGGAUAAAAUGCGUGCAUUGGAUCCAUCAAAGAGUGGUCGCGACUCGGAGACGGUGUACCGUGAUGCUCAAGGCAGAAAAAUCGAUCGGGUCCAGGAAAAGAUUGAAAAGGCCGAGGCAGCACGGCGCGAGAUUGAAAAACAGGAACGCCAUAUGGAGUGGGGCAAAGGCCUUGUUCAGCGAGAAGCCGAGGAAGAUAGGAAAAAGAGGGAAGCGGAGGAGAAAUUCAAACCCAUGGCACGAUACAGGGACGAUGAGGAGCUCAACGAAGAACUCAAGGAGCGGGAACGGUGGAACGACCCGGCAGCGAUGUUUCUUACUGGCACAAAGAAAAGCAAAAGGGCAGUCCGCAAGUAUCCCCUCUACCAAGGAAACGUCCCACCUAACCGCUUCGGCAUCAGACCUGGUUACCGGUGGGAUGGCGUCGAUCGCUCCAACGGAUUUGAGAAGGCCUACUUUGAGCGCAUCAAUACUCGAAAGAACAACGCAAUGGAAGCACACAUGUGGAGUGUAGAGGACAUGUAAUCUAGUCGCAUAAAAAUCUAAGUUUUAUUGCUUCUUGG